AUGGCGUGGCCCACGGAAUUGGCGCCCUUUGGAUCCUUGCGGGCGUGCAGGGCCUACUUUGGGGUGGACGAUCAGGUGUGGAGCGCCUUCGUCCGAGCAGCAGGAGAUCCUUCGGACGACUACAGGCUGUUGGCCGCGCUUCCACCCCAGGCAGUUGCGGCGACAUCGGAGGCCGCGACUUUGGAGGAUGGAUCCCAUCUCACCGUGGUCCAAGCUGCACAACUGGGGCUGGUCUACCGUCUAGCAAGGCGGAAACUACAUCUGGACUCGGGAUUGGACCUGAGGCUAUGGGUCGACCCAGACCCGUGGGCAGAAAGCCCGGCGAUCGCCCCUGGGGCCAUGGAGUUCAAGGAGGUGCCGAAGGUUUCGACGGAACGGAAGAUGAAGUUUUCUGCAGUCCUGGAUCAAGGGGACGAAUCGGAGUUCAUCAUAUCCUCCGAGGAGCAGAAGCAGAGGUGGCUGGAGAACUUUGUGAAGCAAACCGGAGGGCUACCACUGGAGCAAGAGGAACCCUCGACGGAGCAGAUCUCAGCCCUCCUGAGGAGGAUCAAUGCGGGGGGCUCUCCAUACGCCGACUUCUCGGUCUGGUUGCCCUACGGCAAGAAGGCCCACAGGACGCAGAAGUACCGGUCCUACAUCCCGGUCAUGGGCGGGUACAUCACGAAGGAGAUCCCAGGACCGAGCACCUACGACCAAUGGAGGUCAAGCUUCAGGGUCUACAGGACGGCACUCCUCAUGCUCGACAUCCUGACGAUGGCGACGUGCGUUGCCUACGAGGCCCACAUCGAAAAGCUGGACAGGUUAUACCCGGGCGCAUGGCACCUCAUCGUGGGCGCAGACGAUCUUGCAAGAUCCGAGCAUCUUGUACGACUGAAGGUGUCGGUCAACAUGGACAUCGCCAACGGCACGAAGGAACCAAUGGGGUGGUCAGAGGAAAACCCCUGGGAAAGCCUCUUCCGGCUGCUGAUCAAGGAUGCAGCUUUCUGGGCAGAGCAAGUUCACGUGCCUGCCAAUGCAUGGCUGGCGCAUGGAUCGAAGGGAAGACCGCUGACACCGGCGGAAGCCAUUGCCACCUCCUCCAUUCAGGGUGGCAUCAGUGCAAUCAAGCCGGACACAGAAACUUCAACGGGGACACCGGCUUCGACAAGAAGGACACGGAAUGCGAGGAGGAAGGAGGCAAAGAAAAGACAGGCCGACACAGAAGGCCAAGCAGACCCCAAAAGGGUGAAAGGCGAAGGCAAGGGCAAGGGCAAGGGAAAAGAGAAGACCCAAGCCUGCUACGCCUGGAACAACAACAAUGGGGCCUGUGCUGGCUUACCACCAGGACUCCCACAACAAGACGAAGGUGGCAAGAAGCUGAUGAGCCAAGCUUUGCACAAGUUCCGCCGAUCUGGAGCUGGGCGAGGUCGAGAUCAACGAGGCGGCGAAGGUCUGAAAGCGAGGGCAGAGAAGACAAAGAAGAACAAGGGAGAGACCGAAGAAGCAGGACCCACUUGGCUCAGCACUCUCGAGAGCGGCACGAAGGCACAAGAUGAAGGUGACAGUCGAGAGCUGGCAACAGCCGAGUUCUAUGCCAAGAGGGAAUCGGACUUGAAGAAGGAGGUGGAAGAGCUGAGGGGAAGGACCAAACGUCAAGCCUCCCCAACUCCGGAGAGAGGAGUCAAAGGCGAGCACAUCAAGACGAAGGAAGAGGAAAAACUUCAGGCCAAAGCCGACAGUGCGGCCACCUCCAAGUCCAAGGCGAAACCCAAGGAGGAGGACGAAUACACCUAUGAGUACGAGACGGAAGACGAGGGUGACACGAAGAUCAAGGAAGGAACCAUCUCGGUGAGUGCCGUCCGGGAUGACGAGUUCUAUCCACUUCCAACUCCGGGCCGGCGCCCUGACCUUUGGGGCAAGUCAGAUGAGACAGAUCUGACAGGACCCUGGAUGUCGCGAGUCCCAAUUUGCCCUUUCACCCCGUGCAAUCGGGUCGAAGCUGGCCGCGUGUGGGCGUGUGGCAGGAAAUGCACCCGGGACAUCGAUCUCAAGACUUCUCAGAAGUUCCGCGACAACGUCAUCAGAGGGAGGGGCAAACCGCAGAGGCUGACCAUGGGUGAGACUUUGGGCCGAGGUCGUCGAGAACGCGGCAACGAAGGGCGAGUACGGCACGAUGGCACCCAGUCAAGGAGACAGAACAAGCCCAAAGCAGAUGUCCAACAACGCAAAUGGACUCUUUGGGUCAACCCCUGCACUCAGCAGGGUACUACGCAUCGCCUCGGACACAUGCAAGUCAGUGUAGAACAUGUGAAGGCAAAGGAGGACCCGGCGGAUAGAACGGAGAUGCCCAAGCUCAACCUGGAUGGAGGAGCAGCAUCGCACAACACGCGGAAGAGGAAGGCGUCCAAUGUCCUGGAACUGGCGAGGAGGGCCAGCAGAAACAGGAAAGCCAUCACCGAGCUGGAGGAAGGCUUCAACGCAAAGUCGUCCCGGGCAGCAAAGAAAGCGGUGAGGGCGACGGUGACGAAGAUCAUCAAGGAAGCAAGGAAUGAACCUCCCGGGCCGCCCACCACGGACAAGCUGAAGGUACUUGCGGCAGUCCUCAAACAAGCUCACUACAGGGCAGCCCCGCAAUACCUCGGGGAGUACAAGAUCAUGGUGAUUGAAGAAGGGCACCAGUGGACCGACCAAAUGGAAAGAGCCCUGAAGCUGUGCAAGAGAUCGACAACGAGAGCCCUGGGUCCAGCCAAGAAAGCUAAAGAGGUGGCGGUGAUGGAGACAGGGAAGGUUUUCGUUCCGGCAGUGACCAACAAGAAACCGAAGGUGGUCCCGUUAGCCCGGGAACUGUUUGAGUUUGGAGUCAUUUGGAUGCUGCGCGAGAUCGAGUUGUCCCACGUGACGAAGGGCCAUCUGAAAGUGGACGUUGAGCACCGGAGGGUGGUCCUAACCAUCCCGGUAUCGAAGACGGACCAGGAGGCCCAGUCAAUGACGAGGAUGUUGCAGUGCCUGUGCGAGGGAAAAGAAUGUGCAACAGGCUGCCCCUUAAGAAUCUCGGCGAUGUUGGUCUUUGGCAUGGAGGACAGGAACCUUCACUAUGCUUCGGUCACGUCGAAAGGGAAAAGAGCCAAGAAGUCGCAGUUGGUGAAGGAAUGGCAGAAGCUUUACGGCAGCGAGACAUCAGGCCAUUCCACCAGGCGAACGGGGGCACUGAGGUACAUCAGGCACGGUUGGGCCAUCCCCCAAGUAGCCUAUUUGGGCCGCUGGAAGUCCGACGUGAUUUACCAGUACGCGGCAGAGGCCCUUGAGUCCCUCCCCGUCAACACCAACAGGGCUUUCAUCUCUGACCUCUACGGCACGAAGGACAACGACGGUGGGCCAGUCUUCUACAGAGCCAAAGAUGUGGAAGAGGUCCGCGACUAUCUCCUGGCCGAGCUGAUGUUGGCGAGGGAACACCAGGAACGUGCCCUCAAGGCCAUGGAUUUCGAAGUCGAAUCCCUGAAAAAGAGGAGCGACAGGAACAAUGGGAAACUGCCGCCCUACAUCCAAGCCUUGAACAGCAGGAUCAUCCACCACAAUUGGAACAUGACGAGCUGCACCCCGCCACUCGCUUGGAAAACCUUGUGCGGCUGGCACUACCACAAGGCUGACUACAUGUUCGUCUGGUCAGAGGAUGGCGGGAAGGUUUGCAAGAAGUGCACCGAGAUCGCGCAAUUGCAAAUGAGGUAA